AUGCGGCUGGUUUUUGAGUCGAAUCAAACAUGUCAAAUCGCGUUCGCGCUUGUGAGGGACCGACUGCAGCUGGAAAAGACGCUUCGACGAGGUGAGCGAGCGGGCAAAGGGGAACGGGAGGAAGGGGAUGACGGGCGGGACCGACUCCUGUUGGAGAAGACUCUUAGACGAGAGCGCGCCAAGCACGUGAGGCAAAUGGCAGAGGUGGAGAAAGAGAAGGACGCAGCUCGCAGCUACGGCAUUCUGGGCCCCCCCAAGUCCAAGCUGGCCCGCUCGAGAUCCGCCUCGCGAAUGACAGGCAGCCACCUAGACGUCGAGGUUGAAAGCGAUUUUAAGACACGUGUCUCCGACGUGUCACGCUUCCAGUGUCAGAAAGAUGCCGCUCCUUCUCGCUCACUAUCGGCCAAUGCUCGAUCCAACGCCACUACCAGUAUUAUAGCAACUGAUAGUGAUGGUACAGUGCUUUCUGCUGUCAACAGAAGAGCAGCACCAGACGGACUGGUAGCAGAAGCAGCGGGCACAGCAGCAGGAACAGGUGGAGGGGCAGUUGAAGGGGCAGGUGAAGGGGCAGGUGAAGGAACAGCUGUUGCAGCAGCAGAAACUAAACCGGGUGUAAGGUCUGUUGAUCACAGCUCAGCAUCAUCCCCACCGUCCAUUCCCACCACAGCCGAGGGCCUUCAGAGCAUCAUCGGCCAAUGGGAUCACAUCCCUGGAUCCAUCCUCGCCACGUCAGCACAGGUCCAGUCCUUCCGAGACCGUUUCACCUGCAUCAGCAGGAACGGACGGUGGAGAUUCAACACCACGCCGCGGCUACUGCCAUGGCCGGGCGAGAUGAGUUCGUGUGAUGAGCGGCACAUGGGGGCCGUGCCGGGAGCAGUGGCGAUGCGUGAGGCGGAUAGGUUGGUGGAGGAGGGGCGGGGAGAGGUGGAGUGGAAGGUGAGAGAAGCACUCAACUUCCGUCACCGCUUCGUUUCAACAGCCUCUAUACCCUUCGCUGGAGUUUUCGGUACAGCCAUUAUAAUGGCUGCAGAGGAGGAGUUACGGCCGGUAGAGGCGAAUAAAGACGUGGCCGAAGCGGGAGAAGCCGCAGAGGAGAUGAAAGCGGUCGAUGGGGCGUCGGAGGAAGGGCAGGAGGACGACGGGAGCGAGGAUUUCAACAAACUGAUUCCGGAUUCCGAUUCGUCAGAUUCGGAAGCGAGUGAAGGGGAGGGGGGAAGCGACGAGGAGGAGGAGGAGGAAGAGGGAAGGGGCGAGAAGCGAGAGGGUGCGUCUGGAGCCAGUCUGGCAGCGGCGCAAGCUCAAGCGGAGAGAAAAUCCGCAUUGCAGGCGGCGCGAUUGGCGCGCGAGCAGAAGCGCGCAGAUGCAGCGGCGGAGCGGAAGGAGCGGCGCGCGCUGAAGGACCUGUUGCGGCGGCCGUGGGAGGCGGGGGAAGCCGGCGGGGGAGAUGGCGGAGAGGAUGGGGGGAAAGAGGAGGAGGUGCAGGGGAGUGAUGCUGAGGAAGAGGAGGGGGAGGAGGGGGAGGAGGGGGAGGAGGGUUCAGAAGGCGAGGGGGAUGAUGAGGAAGAGGAGGAGGAAGAUGAGGAAGAGGAAGGAGAGGAGGGAGAAGAGGGAGAAGAGGAAGAUGAAGAGGAAGAGGGCGAGGAGAGCGAAGAGGAAGGGGAGGCAGAAGAAGGGGAGGAGGGGGAGGAGCGAGAGGGGCGGGAGGGCGAUGGCGCGGGUCAUGCGGCGGAGGAGAGCGACUCCUCGGAGGACGAGGUGCGCCCGCUCUCCCCCUCCCACUCUCCCCCCUCCCACUCUCCCGCCCUCCCACUCUCCCGCCCUCCCACUCUCCCGCCCUCCCACUCUCCCGCCCUCCCACUCUCCCGCUCUCCCACUCUCCCGCCCUCCCGCUCUCCCCCUCCUUCUCCCUCUCCCGCCCCGCCCUCUCUCCCCAACUCCCACUCUCCUGCCCUCCCACUCUCCCGCCCUCCCACUCUCCCGCCCUCCCACUCUCCCGCCCUCCCACUCUCCCGCCCUCCCACUCUCCCGCCCUCCCACUCUCCCGCCCUCCCACUCUCCCGCCCUCCCACUCUCCGCCCCUCCCACUCUCCGCCCCUCCCACUCUACCGUUCCUUCUCGUCCCCUAGCCCCUUCUCCUGCCCGCACUCCCAUUCUUCCCCCCUUCACGGGGGCAACACGGUGGGCAAGGCCCCUCUGGGGUGGUACAAGGAGGAGGCGGCACGAGGAGUUGCGACGCCCAUCGCGCAACACGGUGGGCAAGGUGCCUCUGGAGUGGUACAAGGAGGAGGGGCAUAUUGGCGCCCAUCGCGCAACACAGUGGGCAAGGUGCCUCUAGAGGGGUACAAAGAGGAGGGGCACAUUGGGCAUGACAGGGAGGGGCGUCUUGCACACUCAUACCUUCCCUUCCUCCCCUCCCUGCUUUUCCCAUCCCCCCUCCAGCGCCCAUCGCGCAACACGGUGGGCAAGGUGCCCCUAGAGUGGUACAAGGAGGAGGGGCACAUCGGGUACGACAGGGAGGGCAAGCGCAUUAUGAAGCAAAAGGGGCGCGCCUCUAAGGGGGACAAGCUCGACGAGUUCCUCGCCCACACUGACGACCCUGACGCGUGGAAGGUGGUGUACGACGAGUACAACGAUGAGGAGAUCCGGCUGACAGAGGAGGACAUUGAUAUGAUUCGUAGAAUCAGGGAGGGCCGCACCCCACACGCCCACGUCAACCCCUAUGAACCAUACCUGGACUGGUUCGACUGGGAUGAGAAGUGGGAUCCACUCAAUGCACAGCCGGAGCCCAAGAGGCGCUUCACCCCCUCCAAGCACGAGGCCAAGCAGAUAGUGCGGCUGGUGCGAGGACUGAGAAAAGGAACGAUCAAGACUUUAGCGCAGAGGGAGAAGGAGCGGAAGCAGAAGGAGAGCGAGGGGCAGCAGCAGGCGGUGUACCUGCUGUGGGGGGACGACCUUAAAGCCAUCACCUCUCAGUCUGACAAGACCAAGAACGUCAACGGACUCAGCUUCGUCGCCGCUCCCAAACCCAAACUGCCAGGCCAUGAGGAGUCAUACAGCCCACCGGUGGAGUACAUGCUCACGGAGGAGGAGGUGGCAGAGGCAGCUUGA